AUGUUAGGCUACUUGGCUUUCGGCAUCGUGGCCUUCGUCGCAUUUGCCUACCUCAUCGUCAAACCGAUUGUCUACUACUUCUACGACCCCAAAGGUUUUCGAAAGUAUCCCAACUAUGCGCUACUGUCUGGCAUUACAGACUUCAGGCACUGCUACUUGGCAGCACAGGGAUUUCGAUCCAGAGAUCUAGCCGAAGCCCACAAGAAGACUGGGGAGCCAAUUCUGCGGAUUGGCCCCAACUCUCUGUCCUUUGGCGAUGUUCGCGCCAUCAAAGCAAUCUACGGCCAUGGCACCAAAUGCCUCAAGGAUAACAACUAUGUGGUGAUGGCUGGCACCCAUCGGCACCUCUUCGAUGUUGUGGAUAGGGCCGACCACACUCGGAAGAGACGCCAACUAUCCGCCGCAUUUGCACUCAAGAACCUGGAGAACUGGGAGUACAAGGUUGCGUACACCGCGCAGAGGCUCUUCAAGGCGUUUGACCAGAAGUGCACACUCCCGUUGAAGGGUACAAUCCCAGACCCAGCCGAUGUCAACCUCGACUUCAACCACUGGAUCAACUUGUGGACGAUUGAAGCCAUCAACUACAUUACUCUGUCUACUGAAAUGGACUUGCUCGACACAGGCACCGACGUCGUUGUUGCAGAGAGGCGCGACGGCACCCGCUACCAGGGUCGGUACCGCCAUGCGAUGAACCAGACCGCUAUUGUCCAGGCCGUCCUCGUGUGGGAUUUCAAACUCUGGCCAUGGAUCGAAUGGCUCUCCAAGUCCAUCCCAAGCAAGUACAAGAAGCUUUGGGACAAUGGAGCGGCUUCGGAGGACAUAUUCUAUCACCUGGCAGCCGAGCGUCUGCGGAGAUAUCAGGCUGGAGAGAAGUUGGAUGACUUCUUCUCUUGCAUGAUGGAAGACAAAGCCGGUAACCCUACUGACAUGGAAUGGGGCGAGGUCGUGGCCGAGGUCGGCGCCAUUAUCAACGCCGGCUCCGACACGACUGCCAUUGCUCUGACGCACAUUCUGGAGCUUCUCAUCAAACACCCGCAACACUUGGACAAGCUACGACAGGAAGUUGACAGCGUCCUUGAGGACGACGAAGUUAUUGCUCCAUACGACAAGGUCAAGGAUCUGCCUUUUCUUCGCGCUUGCAUCGACGAGGGUCUGCGAAUCAUUCCUCCCACAUCUGCUGGCCUCCCUCGUCGAACACCUCCCGAAGGGGCACGCAUUCUCGAUGAAUGGAUCCCCGGCGACACCAGUGUCAACAUGACUGCGUACGCCACGCACCACGACGCCAAGAUUUUCCCAGACCCCGGCACCUUCAAUCCCAACCGGUGGCUGGAUGUCGAGGAACGAAAGCGCAUGGAGCCCUUCUUCAUCCCCUUCUCCACCGGAGGACGGGGUUGCAUCGGGCGCAACAUUUCCUAUCUCGAGCAGGUUGUUGUUCUGUCUUCCUUGGUUCACCGCUACGAAUUUGCGCUGCCCAGGCCGGAUUUCGAGUUGGAGCGAAUUGAGGCGUUCAACAUUGUGUGUGGCGCGUUGCCAGUGAAGAUCUGGAAACGGGAGAUUAUGUAG